AUGGGUUCGUUCUUUCCCGAGUUUAUGCGUGAUGUUGAUACUAAGUCGUGGCAUACAGAGGGUGAUGUCGAGGGUAUCAUGGACCGACCAAUUGGUGAUGCGCCAGAUGUGCAAGCUGAGCGCGAGAAAUGGGACGCAUGGUACUCCCAACGUGGCAGUUCUCGGACCGAGGCCAAACGACGCUACAUCACAACCCUAAUCAACACCAUGCAUCUCUACGCCUCCCAAACGGCAGAAGCGCGCGAGCUCGUGGCCGAACUCGAAUUUGUCUGGGAUCAGAUCAAAUACAAUGCCGCGUCAUCGUCGUCGGCGUCGUCUUCGAGCCCGAUACAAGCACCGAGAACUCUGCCGUCCGUGUCUGUGUCUGCUGCCGGCGGUGCAUCCAGACGGUAUGGAAGUAUAGAUGAUCGAAUGACGCGCCCGCCACCGGUGGAUGUUGAAGAACAAGAUGAGGAUUUGGCGAUAUAUAGAAGACGGUCUGGGGAUUCGCGACUGAGGGUGCUGAGUCCUGUCAGUCAGUCGGACGAAGCGGACGUAAGAUCGCAUCGACACGCCAACGAAGACCAACACGAUGAUGAUGAAGAUAAUGAAGACGAAGACGAUGACGACGAUGAUGAAGAAGAAGACGACUUCCAAGAAGCGCGCACCGGCACCUCAUUCUCCGACACCUCCCACAACGACGCCCACACAGAAGACAACGACGCCGCGAACCACCGCACACGCAAAAGACGAAAACGCCGCCCCUCCCACUCCCAGUCCCACUCCCAAUCCAAAGACUGGCGUCACCGCAUCGAACAAGCCCUCACAAAGAUGACCACCGAAAUUGCUGCUUUACGCGAACAACUCGACUCCCUCCCCAUCAACCACCACUCCCACCAUUCCCAUUCCUUCCGUAAACCAUCAAACUUCUUCUCCUGGCUGCUCUCAUGGGGGAAAUGGUUCCUCUUCCAUUCACUGCGACAACUCCUCUGGCAAAGCGUGAUACUAAGCAUGAUAUUAAUAUACCUACGCUCUCGCGGCGACACGAGACUUGAGCGACGCGUGCUCACGAUUCUGUUGCAGUUGCGACGGAGGAUGAUGAAUGCCAUUAGGUCGGUGCCGAGACGGUUGCCGAAACUGUUGCAUUUACCUCUCUUAUAA